UGCGUUGGAAAGAGCGGAGUUAUUUGGUCAUACCGAGAUUUUCAAUCUGCUGCUUACUUAUGGCGCUGAUACCAACAAGAGUGGACUGACUGAAAAGGAACUGACGACCAGCGAAGACCAUAUCGUGGUGAUAUCGGAUACACAGGGUGAUGUUAGAGGCGACCAUAGCGUGGUGAUGUCGGAUACACAGGGUGAUGUUAGAGGCGACUAUAGCGUGGUGUUGUCGGAUACACAGGGUGGUAUUAGAGACCAUAGCGUGGUGAUGUCAGGUACACAGGGUGAUGUUAGAGGUGACCAUAGCGUGGUGAUGUCAGAUACACAGGGUGAUGUUAGAGGCGACCAUAGCGUGGUGAUGUCAGGUACACAGGGUGAUGUUAGAGGCGACCAUAGCGUGGUGUUGUCGGAUACACAGGGUGAUGUUAGAGGAGACCAUAGCGUGGUGAUGUCAGGUACACAGGGUGAUGUUAGAGGAGACCAUAGCGUGGUGAUGUCAGAUACACAGGGUGAUGUUAGAGGCGACCAUAGCGUGGUGAUGUCAGGUACACAGGGUGAUGUUAGAGGAGACCAUAGCGUGGUGAUGUCAGAUACACAGGGUGAUGUUAGAGGAGACCAUAGCGUGGUGAUGUCAGGUACACAGGGUGAUGUUAGAGGCGACCAUAGCGUGGUGUUGUCGGAUACACAGGGUGGUGUUAGAAACCAUAGCGUGGUAAUGUCAGAUACACAGGGUGAUGUUAGAGGCGACCAUAGCGUGGUGAUGUCAGAUACACAGGGUGAUGUUAGAGGCGACCAUGGCGUGGUGAUGACAGAUACACAGGGUGAUGUUAGAGGCGACCAUAGCGUGGUGAUGUCAGGUACACAGGGUGAUGUUAGAGGCGACCAUAGCGUGGUGAUGUCAGAUACACAGGGUGAUGUUAGAGGCGACCAUGGUGUGGUGAUGACAGAUACACAGGGUGAUGUUAGAGGCGACCAUAGCGUGGUGAUGUCAGAUACACAGGGUGAUGUUAGAGGCGACCAUACCGUGGUGAUGUCAGAUACACAGGGUGAUGUUAGAGGCGACCAUAUCGUGGUGUUGUCGGAUACACAGGGUGAUGUUAGAGGCUACCAUAGCGUGGUGUUGUCGGAUUCACAGGGUGAUGUUAGAGGCGACCAUAGCGUGAUGUUGUCAGAUACACAGGGUGAUGUUAGAGGCGACCAUAGCGUGGUGAUCACAGAUACACAGGGUGAUGUUAGAGGCGACCAUAGCGUGGUGAUGUCAGAUACACAGGGUGAUGUUAGAGGCGACUAUAUCGUGGUGAUGUCAGAUACACAGGGUGAUGUUAGAGGCGACCAUAGCGUGGUGAUGUCAGAUACACAGGGUGAUGUUAGAGGCGACCAUAGCAUGGUGUUGUCGGAUUCACAGGGUGGUGUUAGAGGAGACCAUAGCGUGGUGAUGUCAGGUACACAGGGUGAUGUUAGAGGCGACUAUAGCGUGGUGAUGUCAGAUACACAGGGUGAUGUUAGAGGCGACCAUACCGUGGUGAUUACAGAUACACAGGGUGAUGUUAGAGGCGACCAUAGCGUGGUGACAACAGAUACACAGGGUGAUGUUAGAGGCGACCAUAUCGUGGUGAUGUCGGAGCCCCUGAUCUCUCUGCCAGAAUGUGAUGAUGACGAAAAAGAUGCUAAAUGGGUCGUCGAAAUCGUGAAGAAGGGAGACAUAAAAAAGUUUGGAACUUUGGAAAACAAAUAUUCGACUCUACAGACUAUUUGUUCCUCGAGCAUACUUCAUAUCGUGGUUGUGUAUGGCUCAACAGAAAUGGUCGAAUGUAUGAAGAAAUGGCACGGAAUCGAAUGGGAUGAAGAAAGUGAAAUUUCCGAGUACAUAUUCGGGAAAAGCUUGGCGGAAUUAACAGUUACCAAAGUCACAGCCUUAUAUCUGGCGACUUUUAUAGAGAGAACAGAGAUGGUACGCUCGCUGAUCCAACACUCCGGAGAAGACAACAUCAGAUGCUGCUUUCGGAACUUACAUCUCACUGACGCAAUAGAAGAGGUACUCAUGAUGGAUGUAGCGAAAAAAUUAAGAUUGAAACAUUCGGACCUCGACCCUGCCGUUAUUCCAGGGCAUAAACGUGGCAAUGAUGACGUAGGCAGAGUUUUCAUUGUAUAUUCGAAACAUGUCUUCAGGUCUUCAAGUUAUAAACAUGACGGUAUUGGUGUGGUGAUGAUCCGAAACCCGUACUUGUAUACAAGAGAGUGCAACGCGGAUGCGCGUUUAAGAAUUUCGUGCGGCGAUGCAAAACGGGCUGAAAAGGCUCUAUCAAUCCACUGCGAGAAUCUUUGGAUAAACCAUAGCAACUUAAACAUUAUAUGUACUAGUCCUGUGAUUUACAGAGGAAAUGGAGAUGUCAUCGAAAAGCCAUGCAUCGCACUAUACUGUAGUACAAAGGGCGUAGUGCCACUCGGGGAACCAGAGUUCCCUAAACAGUUAGACAUAGGAGACGGUGAAUAUAUUGAUGUUGAUGUACACGAAGGGUACUUCAAACGAGGUGGAUACAUCUCAAUGCCAAGUGAUCACUUUCAUUCAACUCUCAAAAUGGGUUGUGAUAUCGGAAGGUCAACUCCUGAAUAUGAUGUAUGUGGGAAUCGCCUGCCGUUAAUUGGAGGCACACACGGUCCGUUUGUGAAGUUUAAUAACAAGAUUGGAUUUCUUACUUGUGCACAUGUUUUAUUUGAUGUUCCACUAUCAACAAAAUGUGUUGAUUUCCUACAUGACGGUAGCAACACAGUUGAAGUCGUACAACCUUCAGUUGAUUCAACGGUUUUUCCAGGUUCUCCAUGUGGACAUGUCCAUAGAGCUAUUUUCAAUCCGCAGCUGGAUCCAAGUAUUGAUGUCGCUGUUGUUGAGGUGACUGAUCCGAGUAGAUUACCAACUGUUGGCCGAUUUGCCAAUGCGAAACACAGUAGCUACAAAAAUGCAGGGUUUGAAGAACUCCCGGAGUACAGCAGUGGAUCUAUUCUAGCAGACUUAAAACAUUUAGGUACAACACACAUUGUAUUUAAAUUUGGAAGCUCCAGUGACGUCACAAAAGGGACACUAGAUGUGUGUGGAACUCACGUAAGACCACUGUCCACGGCACUCGGCUUACCUAGAUGUACAGGGAAGGUCGAAAUGCAAAACCAGUAUCAAGUCAGUGGUGCCCAUCCGACAAUGACGUUCGUCACUGAGGGAGACUCUGGUUCACCGGUGUUUAUGAAAUCUGACACGGGUGAUUUGGUUCUAAUAGGAAUGGCUAUCGGACAUGCGUAUGUAGGUACCAACCCGUUUCCAUUAGCAGUUGUUACACCUAUCGGUGCAAUAUUGAACGCUCUAGGUCCACAGUACUCCAUAGCGUCGUUUCCAUAGGAAUAAAUAUAAACAGCCAUUAUCGCUGUAGACUAUAUACAAACUAGUUUUCUACGCUUUUGAGUUGCAGUCCAACCGUUCAAUGAAAUGCAUUUAUGAUUCAGCACAAAAUCACAUGUCUUGAGCGGGCUUUUUGGUGUUCUUGGUGUGAUUGAUUGCUGUGUACGUACACGUACCUUGAAACUACUGUAGGAAUGACCAAUAAAUCAAAUAUUUCUCUAUUUUAUUUUCCCUAAUAUUCGUGAUACCCGUAAAUACUUGAACUUUUGCAUAAACUUGUGAUGCAGGAAA